AAACUCAACAUCAUUUUCAAAUUUGGAAGUUGUUUUUUAGUUUUUAUUCAUACUUUCAUAAACAGAAAUUAUAUAAUUUUUACUUUAAUUUAUCUUUUAUUAUAAUUACGUUUUAUUUAUUUAUUUUUAUCUAUGUAAAUACACAUUUAUGAAUGACAGAUUAAUUCAUGGAUUCCAAGUACUUCUUGGUUGAACUCGCCAAUUCUCCAGUUUCACAAUUUAAAUUACUAUAAAACCUAUAAAAUCGUGCAAAAUAUAAUUAUAAAUAAUAUGUGUGAAAAUACCCGUGGCAAGUACCCAGAAGUACUUAACACAUCAAUCUGAUUUUAUAGAUUAGAUCACAAUGAGCCUAAAAAAUUAAAAAACCGUACCGAGAGUACGGAAACACUGGAUGGAAUGCCAGAGCCUGAAGGGGAGAGCGAAUCUCGAGCUUGUUGUAAUAUUACGAGCAGACAUGUAAAGAUCAUCAUAGCCGUUUUAUUGCUAUUAUUCGGCCUUUUGUUAAUAAUAGUGACCUCGUACGAAAUUUUAAGUUACAAGGAAGAAGCGAGGAAAAGAGAAACAAGAAAUUUGGUGAGUGAGGAGCUGAACAAACUAGAUGUUGAGGAUAAAAUGACCCUCAAUAAAAUUAUUACCAGCCACUUGGAGGAUUUGAUUGAAGAAUCAGGAACCGAUAAAACACAGAAAGAUAUCUCAGAAAUUCCAGAAGACAGAGAAUUAAAAAAAGAGGAGAUACCUGCACACUAUGAAAGAAAUGUUGAUUCGUUCACCUUAAACAUAGCUCCUUACAAGAGUUUCAAUGAGUUGGAGUACAAGAAGGUCUCUUACAAUUGCUAUAGAAAGGAUUUCUUCAGGACCAACAUUAACGGCACGGGUACCAAUAUGAGAUUCAUAGCGAAGAGUUCCAAAAUUCCAAAAGGCUCGAGUGAGAAUAGCGGUGGGUGUGCAACGAGCUAUUACUGGAUUUACUACACACCAGCAACUCAAACGACUAAAAUUUAUUCAAUGGGACCAUACUAUGGACACCAUGAAGUGAAGAUGAUAGAGAAUAUGUUCACCCCAAUGGACAAAGAAGGUUGUUUAACUCUCAAUGGUUGUGUACCUCCAAUUGAUAACGUAAGAAAAGAUUACGACUGGGAUGAGGAAUAUAGGUUUAUAAGAAGAAUGGCAUACAUAACCGCAGACUCCUCAAAGUUCCAGGAUAUUGUUGAGUUCCAAAAAUUCCUUGAUAAAAAAAUCAAAGAUGAAGUCGAGUCGUACGAUGAAAAAAUUAGGAUUCUAAGUCACGACCGUGAAUCAGUUCAACACUACAGUACACUUAAAGAGGCGACACACUGCGUUUAUUCAAUUUAAUUUACAUUUUUUAUAAUUUCAG